CUUAACAAUAUAGUAUUAGUGUUGUAGUGAUAUCAUGGCUUUUACGUUGGGACAUGCAUUUUCUCAUAUACUCAUUUUUGUAAGCUUACUCUCAAUAUUCUUAGGGACCCCUUCCUCUUGUUUUAAACCAAAAAUGCUUGUUAGUGUUGCUUCCAACUUCACAUCUGAUUCAGAUUGGCAGCCUACAAUGGCUACUUGGUAUGGAGCUCCAGAAGGUUAUGGAAGUGACGGUGGUGCUUGUGGAUAUGGAAAAGCUGUUAGUGGGCCUCCAUAUAACUCAAUGAUAUCAGCUGGAAACCCUUUCAUCUACCAAUCAGGAAAAGGCUGUGGUUCAUGUUAUGAGGUGAAGUGCACAGAAAAUUCUGCUUGCUCAGGCAACCCAGUUAAGGUAUAUAUUACUGAUGAGUGUCCUGGCUGUCCUCAUUAUUUUGACUUGAGUGGCAAAGCAUUCGGUUCCAUGGCAAUUUCAGGUCAAGCUAACAACUUACGCAAUGCUGGAAAAAUAUCUAUUCAAUAUCAAAGAGUUGCAUGCAACCACCUGGUGUAGCCAGCAAUGUGAUCGCUGAGAGUUGGAAGUUUAAUACAGUUAAAUUAAGCCCAAAAUUUCUAUAUAUGUGGACUUCUAGUUAUAGUGCUAUGUAUCCACCUCAUUCAAUUAUGUAAUCAAUUAAUAAUGAAAUUAUGUUAGUUUAUAA